CGGGUGAUCGCGUCUUUUACUUAUCACCCGUGGGCAAACCAGCCGAAAUAUCGCUGUAAAAUAUGCAAAUUCGUUCAUAUUGAACAACCAAUCAGAAACUCUGAUAGUAAAAUUGGAACUCUUCAGUUUUGAAAAUACGUUUUGUUGUUAACUAAUCAUGCAACAAUGGCGGCGCCCAUGAAGACGUGUGGCUUUUGUAAGAAAAAUAUCCGGGAUAAGUCUUACAGGUCCUUAGCAUCAAAUAUUAGCCAAGAUCACUAUGGAAAUAUUUUCAAAAUACUGGGAAUAGCUAUGACUGGCGUUCUUUGCAAUCAGUGUGUGAAUAAACUGAAUAGAAUAAGGAAAUUAAAUGGGGACAUUGAGACGAAAGUUGUGUCGUUAACAGAAGAACGCGACAAACUUUUAGCGACACUCAAAGCAAUGCCAGGCAUUGUUCAACAGUGUGUAAGUACGCCUAGAAGAGGGGAAAAAAGACCGUUAGUUAAACAAACGCCGACACCAAGGUCAAGGCUCAAGAAAAGUUUAUUUUGCACACCUACCCGUAAAUGUAGUCCUGCACCUAAAGUCACACCACAGAAAAGGGUUGUAACUCAAGUCACAAGGUCAACGCAGACAAAACAACCACGAGAAGAUUUUGAUGUUAAGAUCACAGUCAAGUACCCACAUGGUGAACGCUCCAAGUAUGUUAACACUGAACCUGAAAAAUCAGCCUUGAAAGCUAUGAUGAACAGCAAGAAACCUGAAGCAAUUAUGAAACAUUACAGGAAAAAUGAUAAAUACAAGGAUGCUAUUGUGAAUGUUGUGAAAAAAGAGAUUCAGAAAGAAAUUAAUGUUCUUGUUAGUAGAAAUGGAAAUGUCUUCCAAAAUCAAAGUUCAGAAAACCUCCUUAAAUUUGAUUGGACAGCUGUUUCUCAUGAGUUUCAAGCCAAAGCUCCUUACUUGCAUAAUAUUCUAUGUGGUGCGGCUAACCUGGAUUUGAGAACCAAGAAAAAGUUGCCUGGUGUGAUAACCUCUGCAGCUAUAUUACUUUACACAAGAUCCCAAGGACUAAAUCAGCUGCAGUAUAUCUUAGGACUUAUUGCAGACAAAUGUGGAAUGACCAAAGAGGGUUUGAAAAUACUUCAUGAUCUUGGUGUAGUUGUGUCGCCUACAAGCAUAAUGAAAAAGAAAAAACAACUUGUGAAACAGCAAGAAAAACAGAUUAUGGAAACAGUUUCAACAUAUGUAAAUCACAAACAAGAGUUCACAAGGAAUGCUUCAGGACCGUCUCCUACUGCAGGGCUUGAAAGUGAUACAGAAGUAACUUCGCUUGCUGCUUGUGGAGACAGUGAGACACAAGGCUUACCGUGCCAUGCUGCUGUUGUUGAAAGUGAAGCAGACAAAACACAGUACCAUACUGGUAGAACUGAAAGUAGUGCAGAAAACAAUUUGCUUUUUUCUGCUGCAUGUGAAAUUGAUGAUAAAUCUGAUACAGGAGAUCAUUCAGUUCAGAACAUUAUUUCAAAACCAAAACCAAUAGAAAUUCUUGGGGAUAAUUUGGACGUCACGAUCAGUCCAGCAAAGAUGACCAUGGAGAAACAGCGUAAGAGCUUACACUGGUUCCUAGUCAUGGCCAAGCAAAAACGAAUUACAGCAGAGGACUUGAAUUUACCGUCCGGUAUGUUGAGAGAAAGAAAUGAUGUUUUACGGGUACCAACAAAUAGUUGGAUACCAUCGAUGGUACAGACUGACAGCCUUUGUAAAAACAUUGUUUUCCAUGUAUCUCACAUCCUGCUGAAGUAUAUUGAAUUUUUGAAACCUGCAAGUGCAAGCUUUCCAACUUAUAUUUCACAUCCAUACAUGGAGAAGACAAAGGAGAAGUCUAUUUUUCUCAAUUGUGACCUAAUUGAAGCCAGUGAGAAUUCUUCUCAAGGCAUGAUUACUAUACUUCAAAGAAUCCAUCACCUAGCAGUUCCACAUGUAGACAAUGAAACGCCAGAAAGAAUUGUGUUCGGUGGAGACGUUCUGACGAAUGAGAGAGCUUUUUCUGCGCAGGAGGCCAUGCAGAAUGUCCCAUCUGAAUUUGAGAGCCUUAGUGGAUUAAUUCACAGGCCAGAGGGAUUGCACAGGGAAAUGAACUUUCUUUUGGUAUACUGAGCAUGGAUGUUUCAAAAGUUGACAGUUCAAAAAGUUUGAAGUUUAUUUUUCACCUUGUUCACAUAGCAUUUACCAACUCUUCUACAAAGAAAAAAGCUCAUCAGAUGUUGGGACAUUAUACCAACUACGCAAUCUCAUAAACAGAAGAGAUGUUUCAGGACCUGAUGAAGUAAUCAAUAAAUUCAGGCCACAUCACCAGUUCAUUGAUGACGUCACGGAUGGGUACAUUGUAGGAGCUUUCCUGGAUACCAUGGACAUGGAUGACAUCAGUUCAACACCUGUAGAUGCACCUGUGUUUUCUAUGAUGAAUGACCAAGAAAAAGCUGACUGGGUUCUCCAUGCGGCAAAUAAAGUGGUCGAAUCUUUAGGUUUUUGUGAUUUUGGAACAAUACACCAUUUGCGAGAAAACUUACAGGCUUUAGAUCAGAAUGAUUCCCAGAUGGAAGCUAUGAAAAAUGAAGACUUGUACGAGUGUCCUCUUUGUGCUAAAACAUACUACAAAUCUGGUUGGUUCAAGAAACAUUUAGAAAAAAAACAUUGCUGGAAGUUUUGUAGUGUUGAAAAUAUGGAUGCAGAUUCAAAUCCUGUUCAUUGCUUUCUUUUAAUGUCUUUAUUGUUAAGAGAUACAUGCAAUGCUUAUCAAAUGGGUGAUGGUGAAAGAAUUGUACGCAAUGCUUAUAUGGAAUGGCUGUAUGCUUCUGCAGUAAAACACUCAAAAUAUAAAAUUUGGCUUUGGCGAAUGAUUACAUACAUAAUUGCCAUACUAGAUACCAAAGAAAGCUUUGAGUAUAAAUGGAACAUGACCGUUAACUUGAAAGGUGGAAUUAAAAACAAUAUUCCGAAUGAUAAUUGUGUAGAGAUACAGGUACACAAUAUUAAAUCUCAGUUAAACACAUAAGGUGCAAACAAAUCCUUUCAAUCUGCAAGGCUAAUUUGUAUGACAACACAAGUAGUAGAUGGAAUAAAAGAUCAGUUAAUGAAAAGUACUAAAACUGUAAAAUCAAGGAGUACGAGACCAACAGUUGACAAAACAGGUGAUAUUGUUACAAUUGUGAAAGUAUUGCGACAAAAAGGACAGGUGAAAGAUUUAAAAUGGGAAAGUUUUUCAAAUUUUAAGGAGCCAUUGUAUUCUAUUAAUAGUGAAGACUUGCACAACUGGAUUAAAGCUCAAAAGAAUGUUGCAAGUUUUCUUAUGUAAUUACAAUAUAUAGAUACAUCUAUGAGCAUAAUAAAUUAUGCUUUACCUCAUAUUAUAGCCUUUUAGGUCUCAUUUUUAAUGUAUUGACCAAGUAUUUACACUUAUCAUAUGCAUAUUAGAGUGUCGGUAGCAAAAUAGUAUGACUGCUAGCUUCCUUAAUAUAUCCUAAAUUAACCCUUGUUUUGACAUGCAUACUUUGGAUCUACCUCAGAUUGUGUAUAUUAUAUGAUUAAAAUUUGU